AUGACAUCGGCGGAAUGGCUGGGCGAACGCAUCCCGACGCUUCUUCGCCCGACGAUACUACUUUGCAUUGCAGCAUAUAAUUUCUUCAUGGCAGCAUUUGAAGUUGUAUUCUACGACUGGCGCCCUUUCACCCUUUUCAAUCUCACUAAACUCCGUUUCAAGGGCUUCGCCCGCCUCUGGAAAAACAAUGGCCAAGCAAUGUCUGCCGAGAUGCCAGGCCCUACAUUCUCUCUUUUGGGCCAAUGCAAAGGUGUGGUCCUUGAUAUAGGUCCUGGAUCUGGAGAAGUGCUUUCGCGAUUCAACCCGGAUCUUAUCACUGCUAUUUAUGGGGCGGAGCCAGCUGAGGACUUGCAUCCGGGACUACUAAAAAACGCAGAGAAGAGGGGCUUCGGCAGCAAGUUUCAUGCUAUGCUCUGUGGUGCGGAGCCUGAGAGUCUAAUCCCAGCAUUGCAUAAGAGCGGGAUUCUGGAUGUCAGUGGCAAAGGCGGAUUGGCGUCAGAUGGUGUGUUUGAUGAGAUUUGCUGCACUCGCGUGCUUUGCGGUGUUCCACAUCCCGAGCAAACCAUAAAGGGACUCUACAAUCUUCUCAAGCCUGGCGGCCGGAUGGUGAUCUGUGAGCACGUGGCCAAUCCUUGGAGGACCGAAGGCAGAGUGGCUGCCCGGUUCAUGCAACUCGUGUAUACGAUCCUGGGCUGGCCGUUCUUCAUGGGUGGAUGCGAACUUCAGAGACACACGCCAGAAUUCUUGAGGGAUGCAGGCGAAUGGGACAAGUUUGAUCUGAAAUACUAUGGUCCAAAAGACUGCAUACCGUUCGUCGUUGGGGAGCUGAUUAAGAAGAACGGGUCGCUGGACAAGAGUUACGCCGAGGCUGUUAAGGAGUAG